AUGGCUCCUCCGGGCAUUCUGCGCAGCGACACUGGCGGCGAGUCGGCACUCACUGCUGCUGUGAGCAUUGACUUGUCCAACUGUGAUGGAUGCGUCAAGAUUGCCGAGGCAGAACAUCUUUUGCGUAGGAGUCUGACUCCAGAGGAUGUCGUCUCUACCGCCGCCGCCUCCCUGGGCGCCCCCCCGUCCGAGGCCGCGCCCGCGAGCACGCCGCUGCUGCUGCACAGCCUCAAGCACAGCAGUGCCAUCCUCGCCCUCGCCGCGAGCCCCGAGCACGACACCAUCUACGCCGGCACCCAGGACGGCGAAAUCGUCACCUGGUCCCUCUCGACCUUUCAUCAGCUCCGACACGUCCAGGCCCACAAGCGCACCAUCCUCUCCCUCUUCCUCUCCCCCGACGGCGCCCUCCUCUUCUCCAGCGCCGGCGACCCCAUCAUCAACGUCUGGUGCCCGCGUACCCUGCGCCACCUCUACGAAAUCUACGGCACCUACGAUGUCGGCGACGUCUUCAGCACCGCCUAUAGCACCCGCCACGACACGCUCUACCUCGGCGCCCAAAACACCUCGAUCCAGUGGGUGCGCCUCGGCGACCCGGCCGCCGUCGUGCCCGCCGGCUCCCAGAAGCACCCCGACCGCCGAAAUCACAGAUUCUUCGACUCAAAGGCCGUCGGCGGCGGCGGCUCCACCCCCCGCCGCAACGAGGACCGCUGGGCCCUGAUCCCCCGCGCCAGCACCGUGCUCGAGAUGGACAGCGGCUCCAUUCGCAACUUCGCCCACAACGGCUACGUGUACUGCAUGCUCAUGGCCAAGGGACCAACGGUUCUGGUGGACGAGGACGACGAUGUCUUGAUUUCGGGCGCCGGCGAUGGUACCAUUAAGCUCUGGGCGCUCGGCCAUGGCACGCGCGAGGGCCUGGACGAGGAUGAGCCUGAUCGUGGCACACUGGAAGAGAUUAUGACCCUCGGAACGGAUGAUGCAGAGUCUGUGCUCUCACUGGCCAUUGAUGGGUCCUUUUUGUACUCUGGAAAGCUGGAUGGCAUCGUUGAGCUGUGGGAUCUCGACACCGCCCAGAAGCUACGAGUCAUCAAGGCCGGCGAGUCGAAUAUUAUGGCUCUGCAAAUGGCCUGUGGCUUCCUCUGGACUGGGUCUACAGAUGGGUUUGCAAGCAAAUUCAGUACCGUGCACUAUGGCAAAUACCAACAUCCCACGGACAAAAUUGCCCAAAAGUACCGAUGCCUCGGUCGCUGGAAGGCUCACCAUGGCAAGAUUUUGGCUUCUACAGUGGUCAACUACCGUAACGACCAGUUUUACAUUACUGGAGCCAACGAUGAUAAUAUCCGCAUCUGGGGGGUCACAGGCUCAGACACCACUGCCGCGGAAACGGCAGAAGGUGGAGUUGACCCUCUGCUGUCCACGCUGGUGGACUUUGUCUCCUACAAAACCGUCUCAUCCAAGCCGGAAUUUGCAGAAGAUUGCCGCCGGGGUGCGACAUUUCUCGGCGCUCUAUUCAAGCGCUUGGGCGGUGAUGUUGAGAUGCUGAGCACGGAAAAGGGACACAACCCCGUCGUGUAUGCCAAAUUUUCGGCAAAACAGGAGUCUAACAAGACGCGGAAACGCAAACGUAUCCUGUUUUACGGACAUUACGAUGUCGUCGCUGCUGACAAUGAGACGGGCAAAUGGGCGACAGACCCAUUUACAGUGACGGGCAUCAAUGGAUACAUAUAUGGACGAGGUGUCAGCGACAACAAAGGUCCCAUCAUAGCCGCGCUAUACGCUGUCACGGACUUGAUGCAAGCCAAGCAGCUGGAUAAUGACAUCAUCUUUCUUAUUGAGGGCGAAGAAGAGUAUGGAUCCCGGGGCUUUAAGGAGGCUGUGCGGCAAAACAAGGAUCGCAUCGGCGACAUUGACUAUAUUUUACUGGCCAACAGUUACUGGUUGGACGAAGAGGUACCCUGCCUGACUUACGGCCUUCGUGGUGUCCUCCACGCAACUGUCUGUGUUGAUUCGCCGCGACCAGACACCCACUCUGGAGUGGAUGGAUCUUUUAUGAUGAAUGAGCCGCUUUCGGACUUGACAUGCAUCAUUUCCAAGCUCAAGGGCGCAGGCAAUCGAGUGCAGAUCCGGGGAUUCUACAACGGCAUCCCAGCCCUGACACCCGCCGAAGAAGCGCGAUACGAUGACAUUGUAUCUAUCCUGAAGCGCGGUCGCUCGGACAACAUCUCAGAAGAAACUCUCAAACGGUCGCUGAUGGCGCGAUGGCGCGAGCCCAACCUGACUGUUCACAGCUACAAGGUGUCCGGUCCGGACGGCAGCCUGGUCAGCAGCCACGCCAACUCGCACAUUAGCCUGCGUCUCGUACCCGGCCAAGAGGUCAAUGCCGUGGCCGACCUACUCACCGAGUUCCUGGUGCAGCAGUUUGCCAGUCUCGAAUCACAGAACCAGCUGAGCAUCAGCAUCGACAACAAGGCCGAGCCCUGGCUCGGCGACACCACCAACAGCAUCUUCCGCAUCCUCGAGCAGGCCAUCAUCGAAGCCUGGCCUGAUUCAUUCGACGCCGAUGCAAGGACCGCGUCCGGCGCCAAGAACAAGACCGCCAAGCCGCGCGGUCCCCUCUACAUCAGAGAAGGCGGCUCCAUCCCCGCCAUCCGGUUCCUGGAGAAGGAGUUCAAGGCGCCGGCCGCGCAUUUCCCGUGCGGUCGCGCGAGCGACGCGGCGCACUUGAGCAACGAGCGCAUGAGCGUGGUCAAUUUGUUAAAGGCACGCGAGAUUAUGGGCAAGGUGUUUCGGCGUCUGUAA